UUCAACAGUUACACCCAUAUCAUGGCCACUAAGACUCAGAUUAUCAUCGGCGCCAUAUUGGCAGUUUUCGCUCUUCUACAAUUCGUGGCAUCUCAAGGACACUCCAGCGUUCAUCUCAGCAACGGUCUGGGAUACAAAUACAACUAUGGCAUAGUGCACGGACACCAUGGGAGCCACCACGGAUCCAGCUACCCACAUGCUUAUGGAGGUUAUGGCGGACCGGGAUAUCACAUUGGAGGCGGAUACUACAACCAUGUGUAACCA